ACGUGAGUGGAGGAAAAUCGGAUUACGUAAUUAGACUGUAUGCUUUUUACGUUCUCUGGCCCAAUAAGUCUGGUUUCGUCAGCAAUUAGAAACAGAGCCUUUGGAGAACAAACUUUGGAGAAACAACUUACAUCAACUACCUACUGCGUGAGUAAUCAGCAUUGCCAAUCUAUCUCUUUCUCCGGAAUCUCUGCUGUGAUGGAACAGAAUCAAGAAACAAUCUCCUUGGACGUUUUGUUUAAGUUUGCACUAAACGCCGCCCAAGAGAUUGAACAUCUUACCCCGCAAGACGUCAAAUAUGACCAGCUGGUCAAGGAGUCAAUAGAAAAGCUAGAACACUGUACAGAACUUGUAAACGAGUUGCACCUGUUCAGUGUGAACGAAAGCUUCGAGGAGAUUGCGACCCCAGUACUUAAGUUUCUUCUGUUACCAGCACUUUUGGCCUCGUUCAGUUCACGCAAAAAGGACGAUAGGCUUCUACUUAUUAACCAAAGCGAAAUCUAUUUCAAGGACUUCCUUAAGAGGUGUUCUGAGUACGGCAUAACAAAGUGGGAGGAAAAAAACGGGGACGUGGAGGAGCAAAAGAAAACGGACAGGAGUCUCGUAGAUGCUGCACACCAGCGGAACAUCAAAAUUGAGAGGUACAAAGAACAACAACGGUUAGAAUCAAUCGUUCUCGAGUUUGAGGAGAGUCUUGAAAAGAACGGUGCAACGUCAACUCCAGAGGACGAAGUUCGUGAGUACUACCUUUCGCUGGUUCGAUUGUGGUGUUUGAAGGCUGUCAAUGAGCUAGCCCUUGUCGAACAAGAGAAAGCGAUUUUGCAGCACAUACGCAGUCUGCCUAAUGACGCCAAAGCAAAGGAAGAAACUGCGCCUAAGAGACCCUUUAAACCGUUUAUCAUUACGAAGACGGCAGAACAAAAAAAAGUCUACGGCGCCGGUUAUCCGUCCUUACCGGUACUAAGCGUCGAUGAGUUUUACGAACAGAAAUACGGCAAAGAUGGAAAGAGCGGCGAGAACAGCCACUGUCCUGGCGGUCAUAGCUUGCAGAGAUGGGCCGAAAACCCAGAGGCUAACCAGCAGGAGAUAGAAAACGAGGCUGCAGAAAAAGAGAAUAAGAUGGAGCGAGAAGAUCCAGAAGAGUUGGCGCGACAACGGGCCUGGGAUGACUGGAAAGAUGAACACCGACGCGGUGAAGGAAAUCGAAAAAAUAUGGGCUGAAUGCUGUGACAGCUGUUUAAAUCUAAAUGCAUAGACCUACGAUACUAGUGCUCUAAUCAAGAGUUACAAAGCACCAACCAAU